CCGUUCCUCCGAAAUAUAAUACUUUGAAGAUCACUUGGCAUCGCACAUUCAUCACAGAUUCGAUGGCCGGCCGCAAGUUCGAGGACCUGUCGGAGCACUACAACAAGUCCAAUUGCUACUGCUUGAAUGAAGACCCGAGCUUUGGACACGGGAACUUGUUCAUUGGGGAUGAGUCCCUCGUCUUGAAGAGCGAAGCGGACGAGCAACUCUUGAUCCACCUGGAAUUCAAAGAAGCAGUCAAGAUUCAUUCGAUUUCCCUCAAAGCCCCGAAAGAUGGUAUGUCCAGCCCUUGCCUUGGUUCACGUGAUGAUGCGCGAUGUAGAUACGGCGCCGUCGGUUGUCAAGCUGUUCGUGAAUCGCAACAACUUGGUACGCCACGACACGUUGGAAACAUGAUGAUGGCUUUGCGCAGGGUUUCUCGGACGUGACCGACAUCGAGCCAACGCAACAAUUGGAGUGGACACAGGAACAGUUGCAGACCGGGACACCGGUCGAGCUGCGGUUUGUCAAGUUUCAACGAGUGACCUCUUUGACGGUGUUCGUCGAAGAGAACCACGGUGGUGAGAUCUCGUCGCUGUCGAGCCUCAAGCUCUUUGGCGAAGCGAUUCAAGGGACCAACAUGAACGACCUGAAGAGUCAAGGCCACGACCAUUAACCAGGCAGGCGCUAGUCUUCGUUGACAGAGCAGCACUCGACAUUAUAUGAUGUGCCUUUCAAACCCCUCGAGCAUGAUCGAUCGCAUCGUAAGCGCGAUCUGAAUCGCUCCCAGCAGAACGCAUGUAC